AUGUCCGAAGUUAUCAACCAAGUUGCUAUUCUUACGGCCAAGCCGGAAAAGCUUGAGGAACUCGCAGCCGAAUUAGCCAAUGUUACCCGAAAUGUGCAGGAGCAUGAGCCCGAGACUACUGUCUACUAUGCCUACUCUAUUGCUGAUAAGAAUGAGGUCGUAGUAGUUGAAAGAUACACAAACCAGGCUGCAUUGGAUAAGCAUCGUGCUGCACCUUAUUUCCAGGAACUCAUUAAGAAGGCCCCAGCCCUGCUGGCGAAACCUUUGGAGCUCAAGACCGGCAGCCAGUUGCUUCAACACUCUGCACAAGUCGUCCGCCUGUGA